UCAAAAAAAGAUGAUAAAAAUAAUUUAAAUGAAUCAACAAAUAAUGAUAAUGUUGAUGAUGGAGAUGAAGAAGAUGAAAAUGAACGUCCAUUGAUGGUUGUAACCGAAAUGAAUAAUGAUGAUGAUGAUGAUGAACAACAAUGUAAAGAAAAUGAAAUGAUUAUUGUAAAAAAAUCUAAUCAUUCAUCGAUCAUUUUGAAAGAGGAAAAAGGAAUUAAAUUAAGUGAACCUGAACAAUGUGAAUUGGAUGUAAAAAAUCGAUCCGAUUCAUCAUUAUUGAAUGUAAAUAAAAAUGAUUUAUUUACUGUUGGUGAUAAUGUGAAAGAUGAACAAAUGAAAAUUAUACAAAUUACCAAUGAUUCGAUUGAAAUAUCAAAAGAAAUGUUAAAAGUAUAUCAUGAUAUUGGAUCCAAACGAAAUAAUAAUAAUGACAAUGAUGAUGAUGAUGAUGAUAACGGAAUUCAAAUUCAAAGAAUCAAUGAUCGAGUGAUACUUGACAAAAAAAAUGAUCAUUAUGAAACAACAUCAUCAAACAAAAGAAUUAAAUUGAACAACACUUCUAAUGAUAAUGGUGAGAAUGAUGAUGAUGAUAAAUGUAUAGCUACAAAAAUGAUAUCAUCAAUGAUUGAUGAUAAAAAUAAUGUUGAAAAUGUUAAUAAUAAUAAUAAUAAUUCUUUAAAUAAUAAUCGUUCAUUCACAUUGAAUACAACAACAUUACCUAUGAACAAAAAUAAUUCAUCAAAAGUUUUAUUAUCAUAUGUAAAUUCACAAGCAAAAAUGACUGCAUUAGUACAUCCAACACAACGUAAAUCAAACGAUAAUACUUCAGUUGUUGAUGUUGUUGUUGUUGGUGGUGGUGGUGAAGAAAAUAAUAAUAACCAUAAAAAUGAUAAUGAUAUUUAUGAUUUUAAAGAUUCUGUUGAAAAUGUUGUUGAUGAUGAUAAUAAUGUUAUUGCAUUUAAAUCUACGCUGAAAAAUAAUAUUGAUAAUUUGAAUGAAAAUGUUGAAAAAAUUAUGGAAAAAAAGACAACAACAACAACAACAAUUUCGAAUCGAAUUACAUCUUCGGUCGUAUCGGAUGACAAAAUUGAUAAAAAUGAAUUGAAUGUUUGUCCGAACAAAAAUGAUGAUGAUUUACCAUCGACAAAUAAUUUGAUAAAAAAUCUAUUUUGUCUACCGAAACCAAUUGAAAAUCCAAUGAUAUCAUUCAAACCGAAUGAGAAAAAUGGUUUAUUGUUGAAUAAUAAACCAUUGAUUGAACCAUUACCAGCACAUUGUAAUAAUAUUCCAAAUCCAGCCAAAUUGAUCACCAAAGCCACCAACACCAAUAAUAAUAUAGUGAUUGAUGAAAUAUUGGAUUUAUCAAUGAAAAAAUGUUGUCGGAAAAAUGAAAAGACUAAUCAAAUGGCCAGGAUAAAUGAAACAUUAAAAUCAAAUCGUUUAACUGAAUCAAAUGAUAUUUUAUUAGAUUUAAGAGCUAAAAAUAAAACAAAUAUUUUCAAUGAUCAUAAAUCAUCGAUUCACCUUAUACCAUCAUCGCCUUUACCACCAUCAUCAUCUUUACCGAAUCAUCAUAAUCAUUAUUCAUCAGAAUUUCAACAAAAUUCUCGAUUCCGUGAUCAACAAAAAAAUGAUAAACGAAUUUCGAAAAAAAAUUCUUCAAUCGAUUUACGACAAUCAUUUAUAAUCAAUAAUCAGCCAUCAAUUAAUAAUCAUCAUAAUCAGGAACAGCUAUUACAAAAUAAUACAAAACGUACUGUACAUAAUAAUAAUAAAUCAAAAAAGACAAAUCGACAACAACAACAACAACAAUCAAAAUUGAUAAACACUGUUCGUACAAAAAAUAAUAAUAAUAUUCCAUCUAUAUCGGAUUAUAAUCCUCAAUUACCAUCUUUCAUUGGAUCUCAUCAUCAUAGUCAUUAUUGGCCAGAUUGGACGACUGGAAAUAAUAUUCCAUUUGCAUUAAGAUCAAUGUUUCCAUUCUAUGCAAAUGGAAAUGUUUCAAUUCCUUCAUCAUCAUCAUCAUCAUCUACAGCAACUACGCUAAUACCUCAAGCUAUUAACAAUCACCAUCAUCAGAAUUUCUCAACGAUGAAUGUUUUACCUCAACAUAAUAAUUUUUCAACACAACCACCACCACCACCACCGAUGAUGAUAAAUCCAUCAACAUCUGUACUUGACAUUGGAUCAUCAUCAUCUAAUUCUUCAAUAACAACGGCAAAACUAUUGGAAGCUUAUACGAAUAAUACGAAUAAUAAUCCAUUUUUACAAUUUCUAAAUAAUGGUGGUAGUAAUACAUAUGCCAAUUUAGCAAAUAUGUUUGCUAAUUCUAGUAGUUCGUUAUCAAAAUGAUUUGUUUUAAAUUUUUUUUUUUUCGUUUUUGUAAAUAAUAUUAGACUUUAUUGUUUUUUCUUUCUUCUU